AAACCCUAGUCUCCAGUGACGAGCCCUUCUCUGCAUUACACACAGAGAGCUUGGGAGAGGAGAUAUGGGAAGUGAUAGUGAAACAGAGAGGUCGCAGAAGCAGGAGAAGGACAAGAAGAAAAUACUGGCUCUUUCUCCUAUCGCCAAACAUCUUGCUGGUAAAAAGCUCUGCAAAAGAACCCUCAAAUUAGUUCGCAGAGCUGCUGAACACAAAUGUUUGAAGAGAGGAGUAAAAGAAGUGGUUAAAAGUAUUCGGCGUGGUCAUAAAGGGUUAUGUGUCAUAGCGGGGAACAUAUCUCCCAUAGAUGUAAUCACCCAUGUCCCGAUCUUGUGCGAGGAGGCUGAUAUACCCUAUAUAUAUGUUCCAUCAAAAGAAGAUCUUGCAAAUGCAGGAGCCACCAAGAGACCUACAUGUUGUGUUCUGGUGUUAACCAAGCCUACUAAGGGAGAACUAGCCCAGGAGGAACAAGAGAAACUAAAGGCAGAGCUUUCUCAGGUUGCAGCUGAUGUGUCUGAACUUACCUCUUCUCUUUUCUAGUGGACAAAGUGACAGUUAUUGUAGUUUCAGCUGAUGUAAUAUGUAGUUAUGAGUGUGAUUUUUGUUCCGGUUGGAUAAUGAACCAAAACAUUUUUUUUUAAUCAAUUAUAAUUGUAGUUGAGUUGUAA